AUGGUGGUGCCCAACAUACGAAACCCAAAUCGCCAUCGCACUCUUCAGGUAGCCACACCAACCAAGUCACAGUAUCACCUAGAACCUGACCAUACCUUUGCAUACAGGCACGUUGGAAGACGCACAAAGGGAGGAACUGGAGGGGGGUUUCUCUAUAGCAGCGGAGCCUACCGUUCCAAUGGAGGUAAUGGAACUGGCAACGGAAGUACUGUUGCGAUUGUUUUUGCCUUGGUAGGCGUGUGCCUUGCAUUCAUUUGCAUCGCUUUCGCAUGUAGCAAAUCGGAAAAGAGACGCAACGAGAAUCACGGUGACAUUCGUACCACUCGAAAUUCCGUAUAUCGCCAGCGGAGUCAACGAGCCGCCGCCAACAACAACAACAACAACAACAACAACGCUACUGCCAUUCAGUUCCACACUUCACAAAGCGUCUACAACAGCCCAUCUGGUGGCGAUCCAAUUCAGUUCCAUACUUCACCAAACGUCUACAGCACUCCAUCAGGUGCUGUCGAUUCAAUUCCAUACGUCACAGGGCCCAUUCCUGAACGGAAUAUCGCAAUGAAAUCCAACUUUUACUUCCAAAUUGUGUUGCCAGAUAAGAGUAACAUUGAUCCAAGUGUCCUUAGAGAAGAAGCUGAAAUGGGCGACACUGCUAGCGAUGAGGAUAGCGUGAUUGAAAAUGGCGACCCACCCGGCAAAGGGGGAAUCCAUAAGGGUACUAACAAUUCGCUUUCCUCCCGAUUUCUCAUGUCCACUUGGAGACGACCAACCGCCAGCGACGAAUGUUCUAUUUGUCUACAAUCGUACGAACCUGGACAAACCAUCUGCUUGGCCAAGAACACUAAUUGCAAGCAUGUAUUUCAUCAGGACUGCAUUGAGGAAUGGCUCAGGGAUCACUCUGAUUGUCCGCUCUGCCGAGUGAAUCUCGUGUACAAACCACCAUGA